AUGGCGAAGAAACAAUCCUGGACGGCUCGGGAAAUCCAAACGAAAGAUUCAAAACAAAAAGAAAUCGAAAACAGCGCGACACCGAUCGAUAGUUCCAAAAUAACCGUCCCUAAAGUCAUGCAAGAGAAAGAUUUUUGGGACGACGAAAUGUUCGAGUCAGUAGGAGACGUGGUCGGGAAGUGGGGAUUAGUUCUCGUCGCGGUGUUUGCGGCGAUAUCUGGGAUUAUUGCCAGCAAAACGUACAACGAAGGUGCGGUGGAGGUGGAUUUUACCGCGUACGAUAGUCCCGAGGAAGCAGUCGCGGCAUCGGUGCGAGUGGCGGCGGCGCCGGUGAAGAAAAGUAGCGUGGUGAGUGCACCGACUGUCGUUGGCGAAGACGAUGUCGUUAGAGAGGUGAUUGUUGAGUAA